GACUUUCGUCUGCUCUUAAACAAUCCCAAAGGAAAAGAUCUCUCCUCGCAGACAUUACCGAGCAGGGAUACCAAGUCAUCACAGGAUCCAGCCGCAGCACUCGAGGAACAGUACAAUGCCUACUUUCAUAUCCUGGCCGAGGAGCGUCGCGGUGCAGAGUAUACGGACGUUUUCCCGCGCAGUCUACGAACCAGAACUGGGCCUAUUCAGACUGACAGUGAAUAAGGGAACUCACUUCGUGAGCAUGGGACACACAUUACACGGUCAGAUCUAUCUCUAUCCCGAGGAAGCUCUGUAUCUUGUCGAUCGUGGCUCUCUUCUGGUAGAUCAUCAUGGCGUGGACAUGUCCGUUCAGCACAUGUGGAGUAUCUACCUUUCGCCCGUACAUAUCCAGAGUCAGGAUGGACGUCAACAUCAGGAUCAGGAUAAGGAUGCACCUAUUCCACAGGACAGUACUACAGCCAUGAAUCGAUACCUGACCUACGCCUAUCUCAAACGACUGGGCUUUGUUGUGAUCAGGCCAGGAACAUACCGCCACGAAGUCGUCUCUCGAACGCAUGGCCAAUCGAAAGCUUGGGGGCAUGAACUCACACGACCACUCCUUAAAUUGGGGCCAUUGUUUACAGCCCUGUGGGACGCGAUUGUUGGAACGUGGUGGCGUCGAUCAAGAGCAUUUAUCACUAAUGUGGGGCUGGGGUUGUUAUCUCUCAUCGAUAUGUGGUCAGGAAAGUUCAGUCGACCACUUGUCUCCAACAACGACCAGCUACAGUAUGGCCAGAUCCUGGAUAAGCUAAAGAUUAUACCGAGUGUGCGUCUUGCCCAUACUUCAGAGCCCUCUGUUCAGGCAAUGAGGCGUCUUCAAAUUGGUAGAGAGAAUAACAUAGUAGUCGAUUUUGAGGUUUACAAGCCAGCAGGAGCAUUCAAGAAACGGCAACCUGGCACACCGGACUAUCAUGUUGUUGUUGUCGGAGCCGAUGCAAUGUUACCCUCUCUUGGUGAACUAGAGAUCUUGAUGGACGGACAACCUGAUCCCGCCCAAGAGAACCCCUCGUCCACAAAUGCUACCAACGCAUCAGAAAAGGACAAACGGAAGAGAGCACCGGACUGGCCAAAGGUCCUGUACGCAAUUGUCGAUGGUGGCCAAGUUUCCUUUAUGAAAAUGUUCAAUAUUCAAGCUACUCCAUAGAGCCGUGGUAGUAAAAGUACAGAUGAUUUAUUUGCUGAUAUUCAUCGCUUAUC